AUGAUAUUCGUUUAAAACUAGCAGUAAAUAGUACUUCAUCUCAUUUAAUAAAAUGACAUUGAAUCAUUAAAAGAGCUUGGCAUAAAAUAUAAGAAUAUGAAUUUCUUAGAGCCCUUUGCAGAAGCAGAUAUUGACACAAAAAUCACUCCUUUAGUAUGCGCCUGUUAUUAUGGUCGAAAUGAUAUAGUAAAAAUGUUGCUGGAAAACGAGACUAUUGAUAUCGAUAUGAGCACUGAAGAGGCUGGUCAUACUCCUCUAACUAUUUCUUGCAUGACAGGAAACUACGAAAUUCUUCGUAUUUUAACCUCAGGAGGUGCAGAAGUCAACAAACCUACAGCUUUUAACCACACUCCGUUUAUUUGUUGUUUCUAGCGUCUUGAAGAGGAAUAGAAUGUAUUUGAAAAUAGAAAAAUAUGCUUGAAAAUGGCAGAACUAUUACUUUAAUUUGGAGCAGAUAUUAAUUGGAUUGUUGACAAGGUAAAAGGCUUUACACUUUUGUAACAGUUAUGUGCCAUUAAAAUGGAAUUAACUCCAAAGGAAAGAGAAACAAAUUAUGAAAUUAUUAAAUUUUUAAUCGAAAACGGAGCAAACAAGGAAAUUCUUUCGAAUAAAGGAAAGACAGCUUAUCAAUUAGCAGAAAAACAUAUAAAUAAAUAAGAGAUCUAAGAUCUACUUUUAAAUGGUCAUUAAAUUUAUUUUUAUGGGCCUCAUCGUUCUCCUAAAAACUCAUAGAAAUAGGAAGUUAAAGAAAUGAAUUAAAAAGGACCUUCAAAGAUGAAAUUUUUGGCUAAUUACUUGAACUUCUGUAAUAAAUGA